GCUCAGGCGGACGAAGUUCUAGAGUGUCAGCUACGGGAGGUCUUCGGGUAUUCGGAGGUUGAGAAAAUGAAGUCGGGACUUUCCAGAGCUAGCGAAGUGCAUACUAGGAGUUUUCGGGACUUUUUGCAGUGCUUGUGAGAAAGAGAAACACCUUGAAUCCAUGCUUGACCCGUAUAAUGAAGGUAACACGCGAGCGAAGUCCGUUGUUCCAGCCGACUUACCGCAGUGAUUAGGUACUAGCUCAGCUCCGGUACCAUGUCGAAGAUGUUCACGACACUCAUCCUUGCGUCGUUUUUCUCACUCUUUACCGCCGCAAACCUGCAUCAGCUACCUCUAGGUUCCUCGGAAUUUCCCGUUGAUGACGACCUGAACCCAAGAUGGGACGAUGAAUCCUGUACCAUCAGCAGGAGCACAGCUUUCGAAGUGCUCGACGGACCCAACACCUUUUCCUCAUCCCCAUCCGAUCCCAUCAACUCGAUCAAAAUUACCCCAAAUAUCAACAAGACCAACUGGGAGCAAUGGGAAUUUGAUGGCAUGUCCCACACGGGCGUUUCUCUCCUGGCGAUAAUGUUCUCACGCGACUAUUCGAUGCACUACUUCGGCAGAGGCAAUCUACGAGUAGACUUUUUCGCCAACACUGGGGACGGCAAGCACCACAAGAUGCUUGAGUACCUCGAGGAGUCUACCAUUCUAGACUGCCCUGGCUACACCUAUGGUAUCUGGAAUAGUACGGGUAAAUCGUACUCGUUCUAUACCACCAAGGACCUCAAGUACAGCAAGCUCGUAUUCGAUUCGCCAGGCAUACGCGGCACAUACAAGCUAUCAGCUACUACGCCUCCCGUUCACGCCGACGGCUCGACACCAGGUUCUGAAGGCGAGAACAGGGCAGACGCCGCGCUCUUGUCACCCGAUCUCUACUACAGCCAGCCUGUCGCCGGUGGCGAGGUGGUCAUGGACAGUGUUCUGGGAUCAGGACAGAAGCUAUCCUUCAGCGGCAGAGGCGGCUCAACCCGGCUCUGGGCCAAAGACGGCUGGCUUCCGUUGACGGAGAGCUGGGUAGCUCUACGUCUCUGGGCAGGGCCCUACACCAUCGCCUACUGGCACGUGAUAUCGCGCGUAGGCGAAGACCUGGGCAAGAAGUUCACCUCCGCCGUUCUCUUCUACAACGACGAGCUUCUGGUAGGCACGCGCGUUGGAAACGUCUCCGAGACGGAAGACUACUUCCUCGACGCGUACAACAGCGGCGGCGAAUGCGGAGGAUCGUAUCACGACAAUAACACCGGUGGUGUCUUUGAGUUUGUGUCGCCGGCUCGGGGCAAGAAAUGGCGGUUCGAGACGCAGCACAUGUUGAUGUGGUUUGAGCUGGGUAUCGGUGAAGGCCUUGGUAUGAGUGACUUUGCGGAUCGUGUUGUUGGCGGUGAGGUUGGUGGGCCACAGUAUGAAGGGCGUGGGUUGACGGAGCAGGCUAAAUUUCCGCUAUACAUCCCCCAGUGGGUUGUCUGGCUCUUGUAUGGCGUGGGGUUUUUGGGGACCAAGAAGGAUUAUGCUGUUGACUUUGUCAGGGCCUGGUCACCGUGGUGAAGGAGCUAGGAGACUCAAUGAUUGAUGAUAGAUGGAUUCUCAGCUUAGGCUGGGAGAACUUGGUCGUGCGAUGCUAGGUAGAUGGGUAGGUACAUACCGUGUGGAAUGGAGUAGUACUUCGAUGCUACUUAGCUGUGUCCUAUCGCAAUAUCAGUAUGUUUGCUAUAUCGUGUUGGAACCGGGC